UAUAAAGGUCACUGCACCCUCCAGCCACCAGCUCUGUUUGGCUCCCGGUGACCCGUCUCGGCAUGGCGCUGCCCUGGGCCCUCGCCGUCUUGAGCCUCCUUCCUCUGCUGGACGCCCGGAGCCCAGUGUGUGCCAACUUCACAGUGGCGCCUCUCACCAAUUCCACCCUGGACCGGCUCUCUGGCAAGUGGUUCUAUAUCGCAGGAGCCUCCCGCAACCCUGAGUUCAAGGAGGCAGCUAAGACCUUCCAGGCGGCCUUCUUUUACUUUGCCCUCAACCACACGGAGGACACAAUAGAGCUCCGACAGUACUUGACCGUUGGGAACCACUGUGUCUAUGAAUCCAGCAUCUUGAACGUCCACCGGGAGAAUAAGACCAUAUCCAAACGUGAAAAGGACAAGGAACGUGUUGCCAGCAUGAUCUUGACCGCGGACCCCAAGAUCUACAUGCUGGCCCAAGACCUGGACGAUGAGCAGAAUGUGGCGCUGUCCCUCUAUGCUGACAAGCCGGAGGUGACCCAGGAGCAACUGAAGGUGUUGCAUGUAGCCAUUGAGUGCAAGGGCCUGGAUAAGUCGGAAAUCAUCUACGCUGAUGUGAAAAAGGAUCAGUGUGGGCCGCUGGAGAAGCAGCACGAGGAGGAAAGGAAGAAGACAAAUGAGGAGCCCCAGGAGGACGCGGAACAGGGUUAGGACCGUGGGGACGUUGGGGCACCCUCACCCUGCCCACCCUUGGUACCUCUGUUCUGUGCCUCAGGUGCACCAAUAAAGCUUCUGCAUUUGG